GGCUCUGCCCCGCACCCGGGGGCUGGCAGGGCGGCAACGGGGGGAUGCUCUAGGGAAGGAAAGGCAGCACCAGGAGGGAGCAGCCCUGCCCCAGAGGGCACUGCCACAGCAUGGAGGGGCUUUGGGCGCUCGGUGUCCUGCUGCUUUCCUGCCUGCUGCUGCCCUCACCUGCGGGGAGCCAGACCAGCCCCAGCCCUGACCGGCGUUUGCAGACGGACCCUGAGGAGGCACCGUCCCAGCACCAUGCUGCCAGGGCCACGCGGGAGCAGAAGGCUGACAGUGCCCAGGAGGGGCUGCCCCCGCGGCCCCGCUGCGUUCGCUGCUGUGAGCCGCCCGACCAGCGCUUCUCCUACCCCCAGUACCAGCCCCUGCCUCAGAUCAACAUGACCAUUCUGAAAGGCGAGAAGGGGGACCGCGGCGAGCGAGGCAUGCAGGGCAAGUUCGGCAAGACGGGGGUGGCCGGCAGCAGGGGCCACGCGGGGCCCAAGGGACAGAAGGGCAGCAUGGGCGCCCCGGGGGAGCGCUGCAAGAGCCACUACGCCGCCUUCUCGGUGGGCCGCAAGAAACCCCUGCACAGCAACGACUAUUACCAGACCCUCAUCUUCGACACGGAGUUUGUCAACCUCUACGACCACUUCAACAUGUUCACGGGCAAGUUUUACUGCUACGUCCCCGGGAUCUACUACUUCAGCCUCAACGUGCACACCUGGAACCAGAAGGAGACAUACCUGCACAUCAUGCGCAACGGGGCGGAGGUGGUGAUCCUCUACGCCCAGGUGAGCGACCGCAGCAUCAUGCAGAGCCAAAGCGUCAUGCUGGAGCUGCGGGAGCAGGAUGAGGUCUGGGUGCGGCUCUACAAGGGCGAGCGUGAGAACGCCGUGUUCAGCGAUGAGUACGACACUUACAUCACCUUCAGCGGCCACCUCAUCAAGUACAGCGGGGACCCCUGAGCAUCUGCUUCACCCUGCUCCUCCUCCCCUGGGGCGGGUGUCCGAGGAGCCCCUGCCACCCUCUCGCCCCGGGCAUACCACUUGCCAUUACGCUCUUAGCCCUUCUACGUGCCACUACCCCCAGCAGCUGCGUGAGUGUGUGAAUACCCCCACCCCCAGCUCCUCGAGGCCGAUCGGAUGCGCCUGAAGGAGUCUGAGCCAUUUCCAGCCUCUGCUGGGUUUGUGACCCGGGCAGCAGCCGCUCGCCUGGGGCAGGCAGGGAGCUCAUCCCCACCUGUGCCUGCUCCAGAGCUGGGUUUGCUGGGGCACAGGCAUUCGUGGCACUGGCUGUGAGCUGGCACCAGCUGAACGGGUUUGACUGCCGGUGCCCUGGUGCGAGGCAGCGCAGAUACAUGCGCCGUGUUCCUCCCUUGCCCCACUUGCACUGUGCUGUGCUCUGCAGGCUCCUUCUCCUGUAAAAGGGCAGAGGGUGCUCAGCAUCCAGCAGGAAAGGCAAUAAAACCACUAAGGGUCCCUCUUUCCUUCUGCAGAGCUGGGUCCCAACAGCGCAGAUGCUGGGGCACGGUGCUGGGUACCCUCUGGGCUGACGCUUCCCCCAAGUGCUCCCAUGGGGAAACAGAUUGCGUCAGUUCCCCUCUGCAAGUCCCCGUCACAGUUCCCCCCACUGCAGCCUCUGCUCGGUGCUGAUGCUGCCGAGGAGGGGCUGGGUCCCCGCCGGCAGCCCUGGGUGCGGGGCCUUUGGCCUCAGCCGCUUCCUCUUCAGUUAGAUUAUCUGCUGGCCAGGCUUUGUAUUUUUGUAGAUGCGAUAGCAGAGCGGGGCCGGGGGCAGCGUGCUGCCCCCCGCCUUCUGUACAGCUUGUGACCACAUUAAACACCCCACAAUUUUGAGUCCUACU